UGGCGCGCCGUGAACCCGGGAGAUUUAAGCAUCUUUUCUUGUCUUGUCUUUUGCCUUUUUGGUAGAUCUGCGUGGGGAAAAAAAAAGUUUGGACUCACUCCCUUCAAAGAGCAUAGGCAAGUUUCUAUCAACACAAUGUCAGAUGACGAGUAUGCCUACGGAGACAUCGACGAGUUAACAGCUUUACUUGACGACGAAGAUGAAAAGGACCCGUAUCAAGAUGACGUCCCAACAUGCGCCACGAAAAAAUACACCUACAACCCAUCACUAGAGGACUUAUCAUCAAAAAGUCAACGAUCAAGCCAGAAACCAGCAGAAAGUACCUCUGAUCAUCAGAGGUCAACUCAGGUCGCAUCUUCAGGUCAAGUGUCAUCUCAAGGUCAAGGGUCUAUGCCAGGUCAAACGCAAUCUUCGUGUGAGGAUGAUGUUUCUGAUGAAGCAAAGAGCAAAGAGGAACUCAUGGAUGAGUUGAAAAGAAUGAGAGAUCAGAUGAAACUCAUGCAGUCGGGAGGCAGCAGCCAGACAGGAAGUGACAACCAGACUAGCGGACCCAGAGAGACUUUUUCCGAUGCCAUCUCGGUGACUGUGGAAGUCAAGCAUGUCCGCAAACAGAAGAUAUCGCUAACGGACAAGAAGACAUCACCAAAGGACAAGAAGCCAUCACCAGCGGAGAAGAAGACCUCGCCUGGAGAUUCAAAAAGAUACACGGCUCAGGAAAUUGGGUCUAUAGCAGGUUUAACGGCUAUACCAUCCUUGAGUAACCCGGAGGAUUGGGAUGACGACUGGGACAAUGACGAUUGGGAUGAAGUCGAAGAGAAGAAAGAGGCAAGCCCAGCUGCAGAACCGAAGAGCGCCCUCUUUGGCAAGAGUGCCAAACGAGUCGCUCAUACUCCAAAUAACAACGUGAAGAAACCUGACAAAGUGAGCCCGUAUAAAUGUGAACUAUGCCACGAGGUACUGGACACACUGGACGCUUUAACCUUGCAUACGUUCCAACAUCGUAAAGAAUCACCCCAAGAUUGUGCAAUCUGCGGGAAGUCCUUCGCAAACAAACACAAACUCCAAGCUCACGCUCGGAUUCAUGGGACGUCUGCGCAAUCAACGAGCUCAUCUGCCAGGAAGGCAUCUGCCGGAUCAGCCCACUUGAGACGAGAGAGUGGAAACAACAGUAGAGGGCAGGUUUCAAAAACAGGAAAACCCGAAAAGAAGGAACACAUUGAAACCAAUAAGCAUUCUCAAUUGCGAGUUCUGAAUCCCUUGGUUUCCUCAACGAGGUUGGACUCCAUGAUGGACGGAAGGAAGAUGCUACGACUGUCCAUCCUCAAGAAUUACCUCGGAGCUGGUGGUAUAGAAGGGGACUGGGUCACCAUGGGAGUCCUUGUUGCUAAACUGCCCCCCAAGACAAGUUCAAAGGGCAAGGCUUUUAGUAUCUGGAAGCUGUCUGAUCUGAGCAACUGUGAGCAAGUCACCACGCUGUUCCUCUUUGGUAAAUCUCAUGAUGAACAUUGGAAGACAGCUCAGGGGUCUGUCUUAGGCAUCCUCAACGCAUCCAUCAUGCCGCCUAAAGAGAAUACACAGGAUGACGGGGGGGUAUCUCUGAGCAUAGACCACCCACAGAAACUUCUCCUGAUUGGUACCUCAAAAGACUUUGGUCACUGCCGCUCACGACGGAAAGAUGGAAAACCCUGUUCAAUGAUCGUCAACACGGCUGUUAGUGAAACAUGUCAGUAUCAUGUACAGAAUGAAUACAAGAAGAGCAGUGGUAAAAGACCGGACCUACAGUCAUCGUAUUCGGGUGUUCAGCCAAAAGUGUUCAAAAAGAAGCUUGGGACAAACAUCAUAUACGGCGGGCAGAGUUACAAUCCAAUGAGUGCAUCAGUCAUUGGGGCUGGCACUAAGUCUAGUGGUAAACCCAAGAAGAAAGUACAGAAGCUGGCAUUACAGAGUCUUGGCGUCAAAGGAAGUAAGGAGAUUGAGCAAGAAGCGAGAGACAGCGUUCUGACGCUCCACGGACGAAAGAAUAAAGAAGACACGCUGGUCAAGGUGGCCGGGGCGAGUGAACCCUUCAAAGAGUUGUUGAGUGCACCAAGUUUUGGAUCACAGAAUCUGAUUCGGCACAUGGUCAAAGUGGAAGAAGUUAGCAAAAACGUCAGCACAAUCACUGCCAAAGAUCUCCUGCAACAGCACCGACAGGAAAUGAAAGUCAAACAGGCCACACGAAAGACGUCCCUCGAUUAUCCAUCAACGACGACAACGACAUCUACAAGGACCCUCAAAGACAAGAACGGAACUCAAGCCGUACGCAAAGACUCGAAAGAGAAGUUGGGAUCAACGGGACCGUCCUUCCAGAAAAAUGUGGAAAACCUGAUUCCUGUUCUUGGACGAGAUUGCCAUGACGACGACGGCGAUGAUGAGUACAUCAUCUUCGACGAAGAAAGUCCCGAGCCUAAAGUUCCUUGGAAGUGCGUUCCAUCUUUCAAGUCGUCAAAAACUUCAAGCUCUGUUGACGCAAAGAGAAAAGCAAUCGCUCUCAUUAGAUCCAAGGGUCAAAUCAUUAAGGCUGACCCCAACAAAGUUGUCGGCAAAAGCACAAGUCCUAUGUCGCCACGGAAACGGGAAGCAGUGAAGAGGAGAGUAGAAGAUGAUCUCAAUUGGUCGCAGGAAGAAGAGAGCAGUGGAGACUCAGGCCAGCCAGCCAAGAAACUCAAGAAGUCGUUCUUAGGCCAGGAGGUAGACUUGAGCCAAGAUGAACUAAAAUCAAUCAUGGAUGCCAAGUCCAGCAACUCUGGUGUUUUAGCGGAGGUUCAAGCUGAGAUGGAAGAGAUAUACUUCCAGGCUCUUGAGAAAAAGGAACGUCUUGAGAACCAGAUGGCAUCAAUCAGAGAGAAGAAAUGUAAAGUAGUGUCUUGUAAAAAGUGCGACUAUACAUGGUUUGGGCCCUCGUCGCUCUGCAAGGCGGAGAAUCAUCAGUUAGCGCGACACGAAGCGACGAUGCGAUACUUCAAUUGUAAAACUUGCAAGAGUAGAAGUAUUACAUUCAACAGGAUCCCUAACAAAUCAUGCAGGUCUUGUGGCGGGACAAGCUACGAGAGAACGUCCAUGUUAAAGGAGAGAAAAGGACCUCUACUUGACAGCGAGAAACUUCUACUGAGAGGUGAAGAACGAAAGUGGGUCAUGUGAUGUGGUCAUGUGAUAGUGUGUAGAAACUUCAAGUCAUUAAAGGCCAAGUUCUACGAUGGUUGGACUACGCUAGUCAACUUUUUGGAACCAGCUUACCGAGCAUGGUCACAUCGCUGUUUAUCAAUAGCCGUCUAUGGAUAGCUGUCUAAGAGCAAGUUCGAGUGCGCACAUUUACUCAACUACUGACGAGCAACAAACAUGCGCAGUGAUACACUCACUGGAACAACUUGUUUGGAAACCUACCACUGUAUUCAACACUCCAUUGCCUUCCGCCUUUUCGCUAUAGUGUCACUGGUUCCCCUCUGCGCUUUGUUAGCAUGGAACAGGCUAUCGGGACCAUGGAAGGAACCGUGCAUGGUCCUGAUGAGGCUGGUUCCAAAUGGUCGACCACAGUAGUCAAACAAUUGUCGACCAGUCUGGGUUUGAGUUAAAAAGUCAUUCUUUAGUUAAUCAUGGUGCUCACUCCAACUUGCUUCUAAUAGCACAAUGCAAAGUGGACAAGUUAUAAGAAAAUGAUAAUGUAAGUUAAGUCGCCGAUCACAAGACUAGAGUCGUUCUUACUACAUACUACAUGUACAACUUCUGUGCGUCUGCCCUUGAUACGUCAAGAGACAGCCACUAGUCAACCAUUGGUCUGUGUGCAAACUUAGCCCUUGUUUAUAUAUAAUUUUAAAAAUCACAGUUAAUUCUUUAACAUUCAGAGUCGGGGAUCUUUACCCCCCAAAAAAAUCAUUGUAAGCAAUAAUUUGUACAUGUAAUUAUGAAUGGAAGAAUCAUAAACUUGUUACUGUUUGCGAUAACGCAUUGACUUCACUUUAAAUAUAUUGUUAGCUACAAAAGUUUGAGCCCGAUAGCUCAGUUGGUAGAGCACCAGCAUGUUAACGCAGAGGUCACAGGUUCAUGUCCUGCUCUUGUUAAUUUGUCUCUGUUCAACAAAAAAACUACAAAAGUUGUCUUAAAGUUAAAGAAAUGUUGGUGAAUGUUUAUAAAAUGUUCAUGUUGUGAAAAAUAUACUAUGAUAGCACUAAAACAAUUUUAUAAUGUGAUUUUUAAUCAGUUGUGAGGUCUUGCAAAGAGUAUUUUUUGGUUGUUUAAAGGCAGUGGACACUAUUGGUAAUUACUCAAAAUAAUUGUUAGCAUAAAACCUUCCUUGGUAACGA